AUGCAAGAGAUCAUUGCUGGGCUGGACCAGUUCACCUUCACCUUCGAGAAGGAUGUAGAGAGGCAAAAAGGCACUGGACUCCUGCCUUUCCAGGGCAUGGACAAGUCCGGCUCAGCUGUGUGCAACUUUUUCGCCAAAGGGCUCUGUGAGAAAGGGAAACUCUGCCCUCUCCGGCACAGCCGAGGGGAGAAGAUGGUGGUGUGUAAGCACUGGCUGCGGGGACUGUGUAAGAGGGGCGACCAGUGCAACUUCUUGCACCAGUACGAUGUCACCCGGAUGCCCGAGUGCUACUUCUACUCCAAGUUCGGUGAUUGCAACAACAAGGAGUGUCCCUUCCUCCACCUGAAGCCAGCUUUCAAGACCUGGGACUGUCCUUGGUAUGAUCAAGGCUUCUGCAAGGAUGGUCCCCUGUGCAAACACCGCCAUGUCCGUAAGAUAAUGUGUGCUAACUACUUCGUGGGCUUCUGCCCUGAGGGACCCAAGUGCCAAUUUGCCCACUGCCCUCCCUCUCACGCGAUCUGCUCCAAGUACCCGCCAGUCCCCGGAGAGGCCGCGGCCCAGACCCCCUCCCACCUCCGUAACCUCUGCUUCAGGUAG